AUGCCUCGUCUCCCCCUCGCCCUCCUCCGCCACGCAUACACAGUACACCCCCUCCUGCCUCUCCUCCUCCGCGAAUGCCGGGAUCUGCCAUCCGCCCGGAAUGAGCUACGAUGGCUGAGUGAGCAUGCCCUUGCUGCGUGCCGGGGUGAGCGCCGGGGAAGUAGGCAUAGGCACUGCCAUGGCGGGAAGGCAGGGAGUGGGCCAAUGGCUCAAGAAAUCGAUCGUAAUGGCGGUGUCGAUGCGGUGAGGGUGCAAUCGAGGCUGCGGGAGAUGGUGCGCCGGCGUGCGCGCGGCGUGCCGUUACAGUAUAUCCUCGGUGACCAGCCCUUUGGCGAGUUGGAGAUGCUGUGUCGGAGGGGGGUGUUGAUUCCGAGACCGGAGACGGAAUCAUAUACAACUCGCGUUGCCAACUUGUUGCUUUCGAAGCUCGCACCCACCAGGCGAAAGGGCCUCGCGCACAGGGACGAAUGUAAAUGUGAACACCUGCCGACCCUUCGCAUCGUUGACCUCUGCACGGGCACCGGCUGCAUUCCACUCCUCCUCCACUCCCUUCUCAGCCCCGUAUUCCCAAAACUGCAAAUAUGUGGGGUGGAUAUAAGCGCCCGCGCACUCAAGUUAGCACGGGAAAAUCUCAAGCACAACAUCGCACUUGGAAUGCUGAGCGAGAGGGCCAGGGAAGAGGUGUCAUUCGUCAAGGGCAAUGUGCUCUCUGGGCAAUCGGAGCUCUCUGAACUGUACACCAGCAGCGUGACUCCGUCAUCCAAGACCGCAGCCGCAGCCGCAGCAGCGGCGGAACCAGAAAUAAACCCCGUAAUCACCAUCCUUCUCUCCAACCCACCCUACAUCUCCCCCGCCCAAUUCGCCAACGGCACCACCGCCCGCAGCGUGCGCAGGUACGAGCCCAAACUUGCCCUCGUGCCGCCCGCCCGCGCCCCCAUCCAUCGGCAGCAACAGGGGCAUCCUCAUCCUCGGACGCAAUCGCCCUCAGCCGACCGCGCGCCAUUGCCUACCGCUAACAAUAAACCCCAGAACAGUAAUGCCGAUAAUACCACCACCACCACGACGGAUGCCGCUGGUGCAUCUUCUCUCCCAUCCCCAGCGGCAUCAGAACGCCGGCUGGAGAUGGGCGCCUGCGACGCAGCAGUCGUAGAUGCGCGGCGGGAGGAUAUGUUCUACCCGCACGUGCUCUCCGCGGCCCUGUCGUGGGUGGAUGCGGAUCUUGUCGUGCUUGAGUGUGGGGAUAAGGGCCAGGCGGGGAGGGUUGCGGAGAUGGCUCGGAGGGUCUUGGGCAGGCUGGGUGAUGGCGAUGGGGUGGAGGUGGAGGUUUGGAAAUGUGAUGAUGAUGGUGGUGGUGGUGGAUGUAGGCUUGGGAUGGGCGAUGGGGGUGAAGAUGGGGAUGAUAGUGAUGGUGAUGGUGGUGAUGAUGAUGACGAUGGAGGAGCCAGGGCGGUAGUGGUUCGACGGGGGGAUAUUUCGAGACAAGCAGCAAGAUAUUUGAUGUGA